GUCUCCUGGAUUCCAAAAUCCUACAGACUUUGAAUUGAUGGUGGCCCUUCAUGACCACUGGGAGUGGAAGAGGAGCCGGCAUACCAGGAAACUGACAAAUGUGAACUGCCUUCAGUCUUGACAUGUGGAACAAAGAGAACGCCCAAACAUGGCAUAUGAUAAUCAUGGAAAUCACAAAAAAUGUAAAUAAUGAGGAGAUCAAAAGGGUAUACCAUAGGCUGGCCUUGAUGUUUCUUCCACAGAAGGAACAAGACCUUGGGGUUCUGGAGAAGUUUGCUGAACUCGUGGAGGCCUAUGAUAUUUUAAAUGACUAUUUCAGCAUUGAAAAAGAAGAUAAUUUAACGACUGAAUUUGAUGGGAAGAAAAAACGUGAUCCUCCAAUUGUUAGAGACCUUUAUCUUUCAUUAGAAGAGCUUUUUUAUGGAUGCACAAAAAAGAUCAGAAUAUCACGAAGGGUGCUGAACGAAGAUGGAGUCACCACCUGCUAUAGGAACAGAAUUUUAGUUGUGGAUAUCCAGCCUGGGUGGAAGGAAGGGACUCGAAUCACAUUCCCAGAAGAAGGUGAUCAGGGCCCAAAUAACAUUCCUGCUGACAUUGUGUUCAUUGUAAAGGAGAAGCCUCACCCUCGUUUCAGAAGAGCACAGAACGAUCUGGUGUACAAAACCCACAUCGACCUGGGAAAGGGUCUGACCGGCUUUUCUGUUGAAAUCGAGACUUUAGACAGCAGGCUUCUCAACAUUCCCAUCAAUGACAUUGUUCAUCCAAAUUAUGCCAAAAUCGUCACUGGUGAGGGAAUGCCGUUAUCCAAGGAUCCAGCACAGAAAGGAAACCUAAUAAUUCGGUUUGAAAUUCUUUUCCCUCACAGGAUACUUGCAGAAAAGAAACAGCUGAUAAAGCAAGCUCUUCUGCUUUAAACAGUAAUAAUAUGAAUAAUACAGAGGUCCUGGAGAAGGUAGACUUCAGGUCUGAAGGUCACCAGUAUUCCUUGUUAUUCAGCAGUUUCCCCUUGUACUAUUGUUUCUUUUCUUUGCCGCAUAUUCAGAUUUUGUCUGCACAUCAUGGGUGUCCAGUCCACAGACAUCAGUUAUGGUGUUAAGAUCAAUCAAAUCAUUGAUUUGUGUGUCUGUGCUGAGGACAAGUGGAGGGAUACUGAUUGGCCGCUAUAGUUUGCCUUAUUCUUUCAUCUUUUCCCUUGUUUAGGUGGGUCAUUUCCUAGUUGCAGUAACUCCGGUCCUCUUUAAGAAUCAAUUAUGUUACUGAAUCUACUGCCAGUUGAUUAUACGGAAAUGACCGUCCUGAAGGACAAACUCUUUUUUAUGUCAUCAUUCUUUCCAUGUGGGUACUUCAUUUCACCUGCCUUACAGUUGAAAUGACCCACUUGCUCAGUCAUCUUCAUUCGCUAUUGGGCAGUGUACCCUGCUGUCCUGAAUGACCACCAUUUCACCUCCACCACCACAACUGUGCUUCCUCACUGCAUACAUUGGUGGUGUUUUGUGAUGUAGCCCCUAUAGUGGAAUGUGGUGACACUGCAAGUAAGACUGUCCCUAUACUGUGUGCACAUUACAAGUAAUGUGAACUGGAAUUUGCUGCCACUUUCCUGUGUCUGUUUAAGGCUUCUUACGCAAAUGAGUGAAAGGAAUUCAACUCCAUAAUGAUGCAGAAUGGCUCAGACAUUGAACUGUAAAUGUAGAGGCUUUGUGAAAACGACAGGCAAGGAAAGCAAAGGAGAAUAAAGCUGACCCUUCACUACACAUCAGGCUCCUCUUUCUUCUUUGUCACUCUGCUUUUCACAGACUACAUUCGUGCAGGUUGUGUCCUUUUCACCAGGCUCUCUUAGUUCUUUAAUCUUCACCCCAAGCUGGGAUGCAUAAUUCACAGUAGAAACCGAGUGAUCCCAUCAGUAGUAAAGGCAGUUUAUGGGAGAGAUCGAGUUUUUUGCCCAUUGUUGACAUUUGGAUCCUUGAUGAGACCAGAUGGCUAUUGGGUCUUCUUACUGCCAUCACAUAAAUUGGGAUUGUAAAGUGAAAAUAAUUGAAGAAUAGAGCAAAAGCAGAAGGCCAGGAGGUACAGUUGGUUGGAUACAUACUAACAAUAUCAGUGGUAGAGCAAAGUUGAAGGAGUAAGCUGACAGACGUGAGAAGAAGCACAGGGCCAGCCGGUUGAGCACAUUCUCCAUACACCAUGAGCCUUUAGGUAGCUGUUUUGCUCACGCUGCUCUCAGUACUCCCUAUAGAUUUGUAUUCAGCUCUUACUCAUCGAUAAGUCAGCAUAGCAGGUAAACCAAGCCUGUUCUGGGAUUGUGUCACAAGACUCUUUCACACACAGCUUAUAUUGUUUCCUGAUGUAAACCACUUCUUCCAUGAAAGCUGCCCUUUGCACAAUUUUUUGUUUCCUCAAAACUGUUGAUAAUCAAUGCCUCGACCUGUCAGACCUGUGCCCUGUGUCAACCCAGGAAACAAAAUCCAUAAAACUAUGAGGUAAGCCACUUUUUGUCUUGACACAAAUAUUUUCACGUCUUUAAUAUGUGGUUAUGCUGUUAAGAGGGUUUGCCAGCCAGCUCCUCUAGCCUUCUAUUUUCAUGCUGUUUUUCCACUAUAGGGCUACAGGAGUUGCAACUAACAAUGAUGGGCACAAAGCAGGAAACGUCCCUUGUUCAAACACCAGUCCUUGACAGGUCACACUCAUGUGCACACUUAACACUCAUUCAAGUGGUCUUUGAGUGUAAGUGGGAUCAAGAUGACCAAGCGGAAAUCAAAGUAUAGAAUAUGCUAAGUAUUCACAAGAGAUUUGUCAGGAUCAAACCUUCAUCUCCAGCCUGCCAGGUACACUUUAAUCAAAUGGAUUUCAUUAGCAUGGCUUUUUUCCUUCUUCGAUUUGCUUUAUUCAUCUAAUGCCAAUUAGGAUCUGGGCCUAUCCAAGUAAAAAAGUGUAACACAGUAACUCAUCUGAAACAAGAUACAAAACCAUCAAAUUGUGAAACAGCCGCAUCUACUGUACAUCUGCCUCACGCUGAACCCAUUUAACCUAUGGAAAUAAGAAAAAUGGUGCAAAUACGGGGAAGAUUUUGUGGACUCCACUGUUACCUAGCCUGCAAUUUAACCAGGCUGUGGUCCAAUCUCUCUAAAAUGAUUGUGUUGCCUGUUACUUAAAAAUGACAUGUCUGUACAAUUAAAUCACUCAAAUACAAAAUAAAAGCCUCACUUUUGACGGACUGGUCAUGCGGAAUAAUCCAUAGCAUGAAUGCUGUAUACAGAGGUAUCCACACUUUCUUUUUGUCAACUUUCUUGUCUUUAGUGCAGGGUCAUGGAGAGCCUGUGGUCCCAACCCCUUGACAGAAAGCUGGUAUGUGACAGCACACUUACACCCAAAUGCAAGUACACACACACACCCAAUACACGCAUAUACCUGACAUGAUGUCUCUAGACAGUGGAGCACAGUUAAAUAUCAGCUUGUCGGGAUCUGGUAAAGUUUAUGGCAAUUAAACAAGCUACACAAUUGGUUUAAACAAAAAUAUAGUUAAGCCAGUAAUUAAGGUGACACUAAAAUAAAAAACAAGACAUUUGGUUUCUUUAGCUUUUCCUUAACUCGAUCAGUGAAACAAGGUGUGCUGUACCUGUAACAGCUUGGAGUCAACAUUAAUUCUUCUUCAUUUAUAAUUUUGGUCACAUGAAAUUCCAAAACAAAUGGAUGCUCCUUAAAAAAAAGAAGCCUUUUUUUAUUCCAAGAGCUACAAUAAAAUUUUUAUGCAAAAAGAUGCUGAAGGGGUCAUCAGCCAGCAAAGUUCAACUGAUGCGGUACUACAUUGACAUAAAUUCAGCUUCUCUGUGAAGCAGAAGUGGAGAGCAUUGUACUUAGAGUGUAUUCCCAGGGCUGAGUUUGGGAACUGCUGGCUAAUACUGUUCUAAAAUGGCAGAUUAUCCUAAAAUUCAGAGUUUGGCUGAGGUAAAAGACGCUUUAUAAUUAAAAUGUGUUAUCACCAGCAUUUGUUCAGAAGAAUGUCCAAAAACUCAAGUCUUCUUAACCAAAUGUUAAAAGUGCGAAGAUGUAAGCAACUCCUUCAAUCUUGUAGUACAGUUGGUGCCUCCAGGAAAUUCUUGAUAUACUGUACUGUAUAUGUUUAUUAUAUAUGUAUUUCGGAUUCCCAUUUACAACAAGAGGGAGCACCAGUGUACACCUGACAAGUGCCUCUCAUACACGAAAUGAUGAAGAAUGUCAGUGUAUGGCAGACAUCACUCUGCUAUCUUAGUGCUGAUUUCAUCACCCUUCCUUUUGUCUAUCUCUGUUUUAUGUCCUUUCUUAAUAAAUUUUUUCCUUCACCCA